ACUAUAAUUUGCUUUGGUCUUGGUACGCUCUAUAUUCAAAUUGUUUUCGACUAGGAGUAAUACCUUCACAACACCACUAAACCGCUGUUAAAAGAUAAGUUUAUUUAUUAUUCCUAUAACUACGGUAUUGUGGAAGCGUUUAAACACACAUGGUGUUAUUAACAGAAGGAAACUCAAAAGGAUCGUUCCAAUAGAUGCAUAAUGAAUUCUAUCGGUAACAAAGCUGGUCUGCCUCCAAGCUACAGUGAGGCUGCUGACCCAAAUGAACAGUCCAAACUCACACAGGGAGGUUAUCAGGAAAACCACGAUAAACAAGCUGUUGGUCAGUAUGUAGACACACAAUAUCAACAGCCACCUGUGCCUCAACAUGAAGGUUACCAAUUUCAACCGCCAACAGAGCCUCAGCAUCCGGGCUACCAUUUUCAACCAUCGUCAGGGCCUCAAGAUCCGGGCUACAAAUAUCAGACCCCACCGAUUGGCGCUCAAUUUCCGAGCUGCCAAUAUCAACCGAUAAGCGGCAAUGCAGGGCAGCAGCCAAUCACUGUAGUGCUAACACAGCCUGGUCCCGCCCCGUUCGUCGUGAGUCCAGUCCCUCCCCAGCAGGAGUGGAUGGUGCCCGCAGUUCUAGCUUGCUUUUUCUGCUUCUGGCCCACGGGGAUCAUUGCUAUACUUGCAGCAGUCAAGGCGAGGUCUGCAGCAGCUAAUGGGGACGUUGUUGAAGCGCAAGCGCAGUCAAUCCGCGCGCGCAAAUUCGUGAUUGUGUCCAUAGUGUUGGGAAUAAUCAUCUACGUGUUCAUCAUCGUUAUUCGUGUUAUUUUCUACUCAUCGUACUAUGCUUUAUAAGGCAGACAACAACUGCAAUACUUUUUAAUCUUACAAAAACAUUGCUGACAAUUCUUACAAUGAUUUAUAUGUACAGUUACUGUUGUUGAUGAAGAAAUAAAUACUGUAUCGAAGUUAAAAGAUGGAUUGGAGUCGAACCUGGUUGCUAUGUGUUCAAUCCUGUAAAAUGCGAUGGACUUUUGAGUUGCUUCAAUCACAUACCAACCAAGUUAACAUCCUUGUGAGUUUUGAAAUUUUUAAUUAUUUUCUUACGUUAAGGAAACAGCUGUUUAAAUCCCGGUUUUUUAAUGUCCGAGUCCUAAUAUCAUUUAUGCGUCAUGGUAGAGAAACACCGGAUGCUUAUAACGUCGGUGAAGCCCUCGCUUAUUGUCGGGAAUUAAAUAUUUGAUAUAAUGAUUAAAGAUAACAUUUUAAAAAAUGCUCGAACCAUGAUCAUUGAGAUGUAACCUUUAUUCAAAAUGCACGCAACCAGGAAGUUAUAUUUAUCAGGUCAUUGUAAUCUUUUCAUAAUUGAUCACGUCCUCUUGACAACAAAGGUCGAAUAUUAUUGCCUAACAGAUUAGGCAUUAAAUGGCGGAAAUAACAAAGAGAUAAGUUCAAUGUUAUGCGUACCAUGACUUUUGAUUACCAUAGAUACUUGAUUAGAUAAUGCGUACUAAAAUUAACGUCUAUAACAAAUUUGUAUUGACAUGAUCAUUAUCAAUUAUCCAAUUUUUAAUGGAUUUAACGGUUUAUCGUUUUUAACAGUUAUGCAUAAUGUUAUCUUUUAAAUUAUCUUUGUAUAAACAAUGAUUGUUGUCAAUCAGGUCAGGGAAAUAACGGCGAUCAGUGUUGUUGUCCUUUCGCGGUUUCGUAUUUUGGGUAAAAAAAAAUUCUCACAAUUUUUUAAUUAUAGUUUACAUUAAUCGUCGUCCUUGUCAAUAAACAUCCGUUUAGUACUGUUUGAACGUAAAAUAAGUAAGUAAAUCGAACCGUGCCGUGCAAGAAGCGAACCCUUCCUUACAAAAGCGUUACGUUCUGUUCAUAAACACAGUACAAAUCGUACAGAACGAAACAUGGCGACUGGUGAAGUCACAUGAAUACACUUCAGGACCGAUUUACCUGUAUGUUAUUCAACUGAGGCGUCGUAUCUAUCUUUAUGUUUUAUAGAUAGGUUAAAAGACAACACUUAUUAAGAUUCACGUAAAAGAAAGCAUAUUUCUCUUUCUUGCUCUCUCCAGAUUAAAAUGCAACUCAUAGUCUCUCACAAACGGACUUCUUUAUCCAGAACAAUAGUAAACAUAUUAAUUAUAAUAUCAUUCAAUAUAUAUCUCGGUUUCCCCCCUCGUUUUUGCAUUGAUAUCUAUUUCAUAAUUAUUUGUAUUUGUUUUGAGUGAAUACCAGUGUUAUUUGUAGGACUUUGAAUAAAUUAACUUUUUAAAAUAAAACUACAUAUAUAUGACUGAUUUUAAAUUGUACCAUUUCUGAUGUGUAUUCUCCUUCACUAAGAGUGGUUGACAGAAGAAAAAUCAAGUGAAAAUAGAUUAUCUGUAUACUUAUCUGCUAGUUGUACUUUAAAAGUAUGAUUUGUGUUUUUGCACAUUUCACUGCUUAAUGAUGUUUUGCACAAAAUAUAUUAAAAGAAAAUUAUUCAUGACUGGUGUCUUGCGUGUAAAAUCAUUCAUGCCUUUUCUAGUUAAAUAAUAAGCACAAUAUUUGAAGUCACGAAGUGACAAUCAUUUGAUAUAUUUUAUUGUUUUCUACAUGCAAAAAAGUUAUAAAAAAAAACCACUUCUAAAUUCAGUUACGUUUUUUUCUUGAUGAAUAGAAGGUAUUUGAAAGACCUGCUUUGACUGUUACAUGUAAGAAGAAUAUUAAAAAACCAUUCAUCGAGAGACGAAAUAACAAAUUCGCACCUGUUACUUCAAAAGACAUCUACAAUGUAUUUAGUGAGAUAUUAAAACAUAACUGAAAUUCAUAUUCUUUUUCUUAUAAAACUAGAACCUUGUUUUUGAUGAAA